AUGAGGUUUAUUGUGCUGGCAAGUUUGUUAGCUGCCCUGGUGGUAGCGGUGGAGGGAACGCCUCACAGAAGGGCAACGAACCACGUCAUCCAUGAAGAACGGACUGUAGCACGAAGGAGUUGGACAAAAACCGGACGUCUUCAUAGCUUGAGAAAUCUCCCUGUCCGGAUCGGUUUGUCUCAGUCGAAUCUUCACAAAGCCGAAGAGUUCAUCACUGCCGUCUCUCAUCCCAAAUCUGCCGAUUACGGUAAACACUGGACGCCCAAACAGGUUGCCGAUGCGUUCGCCCCAAAACAUGAGUCCGUUGAUGCCGUCAAAGAGUGGCUCGAGGCCGAAGGGAUAGAUCUUCGCCGUGUAACACUUUCAAAGGGCCGACAUUGGCUGGAGUUCAAGGCGACCGUACACGAGGUUGAACGCCUUCUCAAGACCGAGUACCAUCUAUACGAACAUAAUCAACGCGGGAACUAUCAUAUUGCCUGUGAUAAGUAUCAUAUUCCAGAGCAUCUCGUGGAGCAUAUAGAAUUGAUUACGCCGACAGUCCACUUUGAUCAGCGUGUCGGACACGAGCGCGAAAGCAAGCAGACUUCUGUUAGCGAGAAGCACCAACAAGAACUCAGGAGACGGUCAUUGGCGAAGAGGCAGCGUCCGGAGAGUGGAAUCUUGGGGACAGCGGAAAACGACGGUUUCUCUCCGAAGCAAGGUGCUGUGAUUCAGAACGCCUUGGCCACUUUGGAAAGCUGUGAUACAAUGUUGACACUCGACUGUAUCCGCGCCCUGUACGCCGUUCCGCCUGGCUCGCUUGCGAAGUCAAACAACACGCUGGGCAUAGUCGAAUACACCCCACAGGCAUUUCUUCAAUCAGACCUGGAUAUGUUCUUUGCGCAGUUUCAACCUGCGCUUGCCGGCAAGUCCCCUAUCGUCCAGUUGAUCGACAACGCAGUCGUUCAGACGACAAACAGAAGUUUCAGCUUCAAUGGCGAGUCUGCUCUCGAUAUCGAAUUUGCAAUGGGCCUAAUCUAUCCUCAACAAGCGACCGUGUUCCAGGUGGGUGACCUCGUUCAAGGAGGCAGUUUCGGAAACCUCCUGGAUGCCUUGGACGGGAGUUUCUGCACAUUUGAAGGCGGCGAUUCUAAGGACCCAAAUGUAGAUGGUCAAUACUCUGAUAAUAUCCGGUGUGGUACUCACACUGCGACCAACGUCAUUUCGACGAGCUAUGGAUAUAACGAGGGUGACCUGGGUGCGCGAUAUGAGCAAAGGCAAUGUGCAGAGUACAUGAAGCUCGCUCUGCAGGGUGUUUCCAUGAUCUUCUCGUCCGGAGACAACGGCGUAGCUGGGAACCAGGCCGUCUGCAUCGACCCCACGACCGGAGCCUAUAACGACGGAUCAUCUGGCCUCUUUAAUCCAUCAUUUCCUGGAACGUGUCCAUACGUCACAUCGGUAGGCGCGACACAGAUUUUGAACGGCUCUUCCGUCCGCUCGGCAGAGAGCGCAUGCGAGGAGGUCAUCUUCUCGGGGGGAGGCUUCUCCAACGUCUUCGCCAUGCCCUCCUACCAACAAAAAGCCGUGUCGACCUAUUUCAGCCAAUCAGCGCCGCCAUACAACGCCCAACAGUUCAACAACUCGCAGAGUGUCCGGGCUUAUCCGGACGUGUCGGCCAACGGCGCCCGCUACGUCACCGCGGUCGACGGCAACUUUACGCUGUCGUUUGGCACCUCGGCGUCCGCGCCCGUGUUUGCAAGUCUCAUAAACAUGAUCAACGAGAAGCGUCUGGAUGCCGGCAAGAGACCCGUUGGGUUCAUCAAUCCUGUGCUUUAUGAGAACCCACAGGUUAUGAACGAUAUCACGAACGGGAAAAAUCCGGGGUGUGGGACCAAUGGCUUCUCGGCCGUCGCCGGCUGGGAUCCGGUAACUGGAUUGGGAACGCCGAAUUACCCGGCCAUGGAACAAUUGUUCCUUAGCCUGCCUUGA